UCAGCACAUCCCGCCCCGGCCAUAAUGCACGCGCAGGCGGUGCUCGCGCUGGCCCUGUAUGUGGCCGCCAACGUUCAGCGGGCGAGCGCGCAGGCGCCGGAGAAACGGCGAACCGGCAACGUGUGUUCCACGGACCCCGAGUGCCCGGACAACGCGUUUUGUAAAUCGGGCACCUACUGCGUUUGCAAAGACGGGUUUAUUUACGCCGCGACCGAAAACGCCGAGAAGGCGUGCUUGAAGGUUGCAUCAUUCGGUGACCACUGUCAGCAGCACAUCCAGUGCCACACCAGUCUGGGUGUCCACUCCGAGUGUCUGCUGAACACCUGCUCCUGCAAGCCGGGCACACAGUUCGUCAACAACAGAUGUUAUAAGAUAGCACACAUUGGCGAACUAUGCGUAUCCGACGAAAACUGCUAUAUAGAGCAGGCAUUGCCCGAAGAGCAGGCGUUCUGUAUACGAGGCUUUUGCCAAUGUCAACUGCACUACAACCAACGAGACAAUGGGACACGAUGCGUACGCGACGCGAACCUAGGCGAAGCUUGUGAAGACGACGGGCAGUGCGCGGGAGUAGGCAUGGUGUGCAAAGGCACCUGCCGCUGCAAGGAGGGCUUCGCGGCGCAGAACGACACUAACGUCUGCCUGCAGUCCGUAGAAAAGAUCGGCGACAGCUGCGAAUACGACAUCCAAUGUGAGAACCUCUCAGGCUCCCGAGCCGUCGGUGCCACGAUGUGCCUGAACGGCGCCUGCUCCUGCGCGUACCACGCGAGGGCUGCCGGCACCCCGCCGCGGUGCUACGUCACGAGGCGCCCGGGACAACAGUGCCAUGCUGAUGAGGAAUGCCUGAGCGAGGACGACGAGCCAGGUUUCUGCCACCAGGGGCGCUGCACCUGCGCGGGCUGCGUACCAGACGCCCGCGACUUUGCCGACCACGCGUCCUCUCUCGCGCCCCUCCCCCUCUGCGCCGCCAUCUUGGCCACAGCCGCCAUCUUGGCUUGAACUUGAAUCUACAAUCGCUGUGCGGACUUUAACAAAGCUCUAUGGUCAGCUAAAGUUAAUAGUUAUUUGUUUUACAAGGGAGCAAAGUUGUUGUUUGAUUCAUCGUGU